AUCGAACUUCAGUUCAAUUAGGCUACUACUGCAAAGUCAGUAUGUAUUUUAGGGUAGCGUUUUUAGUAGCAAUAUUAGCUAUAGUAAAUUGUGAAUAUGUGAGCUAUAACAAUUACAAAGUGUAUAAGGUCAAACCUGAAACAGAUAAAGAAGUGGAAAUUCUAUACGAUGCAGAGAAGGAGCAAGGUUACCUAUUUUGGGAUGAGGGUUUUAGAAGAGGAAGAGAUGUCAGGAUCAUGGUAGCUCCUGAGAAGCAGCAUGAACUAGUCAAGUACUUCUCUGAACGUGGAAUGACGGCAGAACUUAUGCUACUGGAUUUUGAAAGAUCCGCAGAAGUACAACGAGCCAGGCCAGUUACAGUAACGAGAAACCAAAACGUAAGAAACUAUGCUUGGGAAUUCUACCAAACAUUGGAUGAAAUCUACGAAUGGAUGGACGCAAUGGCUGAAGAUUAUCCUAACGUAGCCGAAGUUGUCACUAUUGGAACUACUGAAGAGAAUAGACCUAUUAAAGGUUUGGUUAUAGACUUCAAAAAGAGCGAAAACCCAGUGUAUGGAUUCAUAGAGGGUGGACUUCAUGCUAGGGAAUGGAUAUCGCCAGCUAUGUCGACCUGGAUUAUAAAAGAGUUUCUGACGAGCACCGAUCCAGGUGUUAGGACCAUGGCCGAAGAUAUUGUGUGGCACAUUUUCCCAGUCACCAACCCCGAUGGAUACGUGUAUUCUUUUACUGAUGACAGAAUGUGGAGAAAGAACAGGAACAAGGCUCACUUCACUUCUUGUUCCCAAUGGAAUCUCCCCGAUGACGCAAGCAAUGGUGUGGAUUUGAACAGAAACUUCGGCUUCUUGUGGAAUACUAUUGGGGCUUCGCUGAAUCCUUGCGCUCAGACAUUCGCUGGAGCCAGUGGAUUCUCCGAAAAAGAAUCUAUUGCGAUAUCGAAUCACAUCAACUCGCUUCAGCAAAGCGGAACUGUGUUGUACUACUUGAGUUACCAUUCAUUUACUCAGUUACUUCUGAUUCCAUACAGCCAUGUUUCUGGUGCUGGAAUAUUGGAAGCAGAUAAUUAUGGUGAUUUGUUUGAAAUUGGUAUAAUGGGAAUGGACAAACUCACGGCGCUUCACAACACUACUUACACCGUGGGCACCUCAGCUGACAUUUUAUAUCCGGUGAGCGGAUCAGGAUUCGAUUGGGCCAAAGGAGGGGCACAUAUACCACUCGUCUUUCUAUUUGAACUGCGUGACUUGGGAGAAUAUGGUUUCUUACUGCCACCAGAACAAAUAAUACCCAACAAUGAAGAAACCAUGGAUGGAAUGGUUGAAAUGCAUAGAGUAGCUAGAUCUUUGGGAUAUCACAGGAGCUCAGCAGGUUCAAUUGUAAAUAGUAUGCUACUAUUGAUUGUGUCGGUUGUAGCUGCUUUGAGAUUGAAAUAAAUUGUUGGUGAUAUUUCA